AUGCGUUUUAAUUUUUUUCUAUUAUUUCUUUCACAUAGACAACCUCAAACUAACAGCUCCCUUACAUCAUGCAAAUAUGAAGAUAAAUGUCAUGAUCAUAGUGAAUAUCAUCGAGCAAAAUAUUCCCAUCCUCAAAAUGAAAGUUCUCGCAUACAAAGUAGAUAUGAUACAAAACGCAACGAUUAUGGUGAAUCAAAUCGUGGAAAAUAUUCACAUUCAAAUAUGUCGAGUUAA